CGUGGGUACUAGUUCGGGUCGUAUCUAACUACUGGGAGCUGGAGAAACCUUAAAGGAAUACGUAGUUAAGCAUGGAUGAGAAAAAAGGAAAACAUUUUGGUGAGGCAAAUGGUGGAAUUGAUGGCAUCUACAAUGGAGGGAAAGAUGUCACUCAUAGUGAUAGCGAGAGUAGAAGCUCUGAGUCUAGCGAUGGUGGGGAAGGGAAGAGAGAGACGUGGAGUAAUCAGUUGGACUUCCUUUUGUCUUGCAUCGGGUUUGCUGUGGGGCUUGGCAAUGUCUGGCGAUUCCCCUAUCUGUGCUAUGAUAAUGGUGGAGGAGCGUUCCUGGUGCCAUAUGUCAUCAUGUUGUUUGUCGCUGGUCUACCAUUGUUCUAUCUGGAGUUGGCUUUUGGGCAGUUCGCCAGCUUAGGAGCUGUUGCCAUAUGGAAGAUCAGUCCAAUUUUCACUGGUGUUGGCAUUGGUAUGAUCAUCAUCGCAGCCUUGGUUGCUAUCUACUACAACGUCAUCAUUGCCUGGACUAUCUAUUAUCUUAUCCGUUCCUGUACAACUGAAGCUCUGCCAUGGUCCACAUGUGGUCAUGAAUGGAACACUGCACAAUGCUUCAACGAGUCUAUGAAUUACACCAAGGAAGAGAGAGCGAACCUUACAAGACCUAGCGAUGAAUUCUGGCACCAUCAGGUUCAUAAGAUAACCGAUGGAAUCCACGACUUGGGUGGUAUAAGGCUGGAGUUACUGGGCUGUCUGGCACUAGCCUGGAUCAUUGUCUAUCUGUGUGUCUUCAAGGGGAUCAAGUCUUCUGGAAAGGUGGUGUAUUUCACAGCCUUAUUUCCCUACGUGGUUCUCAUUAUACUCCUUGGUAGAGGCGCCUCCUUACCAGGGGCUGGCAAAGGAGUAGAGUUCUACAUUAAUCCAAAAUUUGAAUUUCUACUGGAUGCUAAGCCAUGGAAGGACGCAGCCAAUCAGAUCUUCUACUCUCUGGGGAUUUCUUUUGGGUCACUGACGACAAUGGCCAGCUACAAUAGAUUCCAUAACAACUGCCAGAGGGAUGCACUGAUUGUGUCUUUCUGUAACUGCGGAACCAGCAUCCUAGCAGGGUUUGUUGUGUUCUCUACUCUGGGUUUCAUGUCAGUGGACAGUGAUAGAGACAUUUCUGAAGUUGCAGCAAGUGGUCCAGGUCUAGCGUUCAUUGUCUACCCAGAAGCCUUAGCUAAGAUGGAACCACUUCCUCAGCUCUGGGCUGUUCUCUUCUUUCUUAUGCUACUGACGCUCGGUCUGGACAGCAUGUUUGCAAUGAUGGAAACUGUGACCACUGUCAUCAUGGAUGCGUUACCUAAUCGCUACAGACGCUGGAAGUGGUUGAUCAUACUGGGAGCCUGCUUUGUCGGAUUCUUGCUGGGAAUUCCACUGGUAACCCAGGGUGGCUUGUAUGUACUGACCAUCAUGAACGACUAUGCCGGAGGGUUUUCCCUGAUGGUCAUAUCCAUCUGUUACUGUGUGGCCAUCUGCUAUGUCUAUGGACUGAACCGAUUUGGUGGAGACAUCAAAUCUAUGUUAGGAUCGUUGCCCAAUAUCUACUGGAAGGCUUGCUGGGCUGUUGUGUCACCACUUGCUAUGGUGGUUGUUGUGAUAGCUAGCUUCAUUUUCUACGCGCCAUCAGGAUAUAACAAGCAGGUCUUCCCACCGUGGGCUCAAGGCAUCGGCUGGGUGCUAACACUUCUCUCAUUCAUCACCAUACCACUGUAUGCUAUCUUUGCUAUCAUCUUCAGGACUGAUAGCUCAUUCUCCAUCUUAGAACGCAUCAAGACUCUACUGAGGCCCACCUGGGAUUGGGGACCCGCAAUAGACAAACACCGCAUCGAGGCAGGCUACGACCCGUUACCUGCAGACGGUGCCCCACCAUCACCGCUGGAGAUGAAGUCUAACAGCGUCUUUGAAACCAAGAAACCUCACGUUGCUCUGAUCUCAAGUGCUUCCAUGGUGGAUCAGGAAGACAGCAAGGAUCUUUACUGCUAUGACCAGUCUGUGCAGGUGGAUUUUGAUUAGAAUUGGGGGGAAAAACACUGUUAUCUUAUUUCAGACAUCAGCUUCAUCCUCAGGCAACAAUCAAGGGUUGGUAAAUGGCCUAGCUUUAUUAAAAUAUUCCACGUUAAUUUCAUUCUUUGUGAAAAUUUGCAGGCAUGUUGGCUCAUUUAAAAAUGAAUUUUCCAAAAGUUGGUCAGUAUUCUGUCAUUAUGUCAAAGGCAUCACACUUCCUCUCUCCCAGUUCAGGAAAACUUUGAAUUAACAUUAGUUAAUGCGGACGAGCUUGUCUUUGCCUUUGACACUUGAGACAGUUUUGAAGAAACUGAACUUUAGUUGGGAUUAGAAAAAAUCAGUGUUCAUUUUAUGGUGUCUUAACGGGUAGCCUUUGUGCGAAAACAUGCCUUUACCCUCUUUCCUUUAUAUGUGUAACUAACUCGUCAUUCCUCGUUGGAUUAGUUUCAUAGUUUCUUGUAAGCAGCUGAAACUUGUAAUGGGUCAUAAUUUUAUCUGUGUAUUCCGUCCUCCCAAUUGCACAUCCAAAAGUGAAGAAUACCCUACAAGUUUGUUGAAAAACAAGAUGAAAAACCCAAAGGUUGGAAAUUAAUGUAAAUAAUAUAAAAAUCACAAUACAUGUUUCCUUGCUGCCUUUGGCUGAGUGAGGUUAAUCUAUUUUACCACGUAAUAAGUUUUGUAUGUUUAAACAAGUGUGAUUAUUAAGCUAGGUUUUAUGUGAUUUUCACUGUAAUCAAAUAACUUUUGAAGUACCUCAGAUAAAAUGUAGCGAUAGCAUUAUUGUUUAUUUCAUACCGUAUAUAUUUCACUUACGGUAUACUGAGUUGGCUCAGGAACGGUGUGUGUGUAGAACUUUUUACUGAUUGUUGUCAUGCAAAGAUGUAAUUAAUUUUGUUACAAAGGACAGCGAUGUAAAUACUCGGGGGGGGGGGGGGGGGACUCCCAUCAGUGGGUGUUGAGUCACCUUUGUUUAGAAAUGUUUACUGAAAUGUUUUUAUGCACAAAUGUCGUUUGUUACAAAGGACAGUAACUACUCAGGGAGGGGGACAUGCCGCCACCCCCAGGUGAACCCCCCCUCAUCAGUUUAACCCUAGUUACGGCUUUGACUGUUAGAUUCAGUUUAAGGUAAAAUAAUUUUCUGUAUCAGAGACGUUACAUUUUAUUUUCUCAGUAAUUGAACCAAAUAAAUGAACCGUUUUUCAGGCAAAGUUAAGUUGAUAUGGAUGUUUUAUGCAUGAUGAUGAUAAUAGAUAAUCAUUUUUUUUUUUUUUAGCUAAUUAAGUCAACAUUAAGGAAAUGUUUGCAGAAAUGCACGAUUGUAAAUUUUUUAAUUUGUUAAUCUGAAGUCUGUUUAAAUAAAUUCAUGUUUGCCCAUGUACUGCAUCAA